UUGCGGGGAAAGGGGGGGGGGAAUAAAAAAGGAGGGACGAUGGGGAGGGACGUAGAGUCCCAGCCCCUCUGCGGCGACGGUUGGCUGAGAGAGGCUCAUGACGUCACACAGGCCCCUCGAAGAGGGCUGGUGAGUGGCUAGAGGAGAGAGUACCAAACAGCAGUGACGUUGUGUCCAAGCCCCGCCCCCUUCCUUGGAGCGCGGAGACUAGCUACGGAAGCUCCGGCCAAUCAGAAGGAAGUCCCAAGGAUGACAUGGGCCUUCUGCUCGAGAUCCCUCCAGGCACUGCGGAUGGAGGCGUGGGGGAGCCCUGGAAUCUCAGACUAGUUUUGAAUCCCAGCUCUGCCAGUUACUAGCUUGUGGCUUUGAGUCUGGCAAGAUGUACCAGGUCCCACUGACACUGGACCGGGAUGGGACCCUAGUCCGGCUCCGCUUCACUAUGGUGGCUCUAGUCACGGUCUGCUGUCCACUUGUCGCCUUCUUCUUCUGCAUCCUGUGGUCCCUGCUCUUUCACUUCAAGGAGACAACAUCUACACACUGUGGGGUGCCCAAUUACCUGCCAUCAGUGAGCUCCGCCAUUGGUGGGGAGGUUCCCCAACGCUACGUGUGGCGUUUCUGCAUUGGCCUGCACUCGGCACCCCGCUUCUUGACAGCCUUCGCCUAUUGGAACCACUACCUCAGCUGCGUGUCCCCGUGUCCGGGUUACCGCCUUCUCUGCCGCAUUAACUUCAGUCUCAAUGUGGUGGAGAACCUCGCGCUGCUCGUGCUUACCUACGUCUCCUCCUCCGAGGACUUCACCAUCCAUGAAAAUGCUUUCAUUGUGUUUAUCGCGGCAUCCCUCAGUUACAUGCUCCUCACCUGCAUUCUCUGGCGGCUGACCAAGAAGCACACAGAUCGCAAGUCCUACAGCUGGAAACAGCGGCUCUUCAUCAUCAACUUCAUCUCCUUCUUCUCGGCGCUGGCUGUCUACUUCCGGCACAACAUGUACUGUGAGGCUGGAGUGUAUACCAUCUUUGCCAUCCUGGAGUACACUGUUGUCCUAACCAACAUGGCGUUCCACAUGACAGCCUGGUGGGACUUCGGGAACAAAGAACUGCUAAUAACCUCUCAGCCUGAGGAAAAGAGAUUCUAACCCUGUCCCUGAUGCUGGAAAACAAGAAACCACUCUGGCCUUCCCUAUCUCCACGUUCUCUCUGGGCCCUUCUCACUGUGGGGACUGGGAGAGAAGAGCGGGAAGGGUCUGACAGGGCUGACCCCAGCACUACUCACCUCUCCCCACCACUCACAGGGAUCUUCAAGAAGCGUCACCAUUCACUGAGAGGUCCUAAGAAACUGAGCUGGCAGGAAAGCUCCACCACUUGGUGCUAAAAAAUAAAGGUCCUGAGGUUCACUAAGGUUAGGGUCUAGAGCAGUGGUUGCUACCUGAAGACCACAGCCAUCUCUCUCUGGUCAUUCAUCUGACUGAUGUGUCUAUCAAUCUACCAUGUACACCCAGAGUGUAUGCAUCCAGGCGAUAGGUCCAUAAAUUUGCCCGGGUGUUCUAGAUGUACCCUCUUCCCCAUCAGUUUCAUUGCGUUCCUGCGUGUGACUGGGGGAAGUGUGCGCUAUGAUUUCUAAGGGCUUUGUUUGAGGUUAUCCAGUAGUGUUGUGCUUUGUCUUGACAGAUAACUCAUCCCAGAAGAAGCAUCAGAUGUAGGAUAUAUUUUUCUUUCCCAUCUAAAACCUCUAGCUUUUGGGAAUUAUGUCUGUAAUCCCAGCACGUUGGAGGGUCCAUGCCAACCUGGGCUUCACAGUGAGACCUUGUCUCAAAAAUGAAGUAAGAUGCCAGGUAUGAUGGCACAUGCCUUUAAUCCCAACACAGCAGAGACAGUCAAAUAUCUGUUGAGUUCAAGGCCAGCCUGGUCUACAGUUAGUUUCAGGCGAGUCAGGGCUAUACAGUAAGACCCUGUUUUAGAAAAAAUAAAAAAAUAAAGGACCCUAAAAUCACAGGCUUAUAAGACCUUUCCCUCCUUUGAGCAGGGGAAGGGGUCAGAGGUAGAUUUCAGUACUUCAGAAUGGGUUCCUUGGUUUUCCUUUAUCCUCUCUACUGUCCCAGGGCCCCAGCUUUUAUUUGUAUAUUUUAUUUCAAAGGACAAUAAAUUUCCUUCUUUUGCCAACAA